UGGGGCGCACACGCGUGGUCAUAUUUGGCGAACGCUGGCAGCCGCUGCGUCACUAAACCCACUCAAUACUCAACAAACUUUCAUCCUCAUGGAACAAAUCCCAGACUACAUUCAUUACACUCUCUCCCGCCCGCAAACAAAACUGCUCCUAUUCUCAGCCAUUAUUAUUAUUAUUAUUUCCCGAUGUCGAACCGCCUUGCUCCGCCGAAAUCCACGCCGUUUCCGAUUCGAUUUUGACCGCCGUCGCCAAAUGGGCUGCAAGUACAAGUUUGGUUUGGGAUUGAUUUGUACGGCGGUUCUUAUAUGGGUUGCUUCCGCCGAGAUUACUCAGAGAAUCUUCAGUGAAUAUAAACAUCCUUUUGCAAUCUCUUAUUUAGGGGUAUCUCUCAUGGUGAUAUAUUUACCAAUGGCAGUUGUCAAAGACUUGGUCUGCAGCUUAAUAAACCCUCAUAAUUUACUUGAUAAUAAUGGCUCUGUUAUGAGCUCCUCGAUUGGACUUGAUGGCCCUUUGAGAUUUAACGACGUACAUUACAAUGCGGAUGACAGCAUGGGACACUCUCUAAUAAUUAGGGAUAAAGAUUUGAGUGAAAGGGAAGAGGGACACCCUUUGAUUCCUAAUUUUGAAUCACAUCAUAAAGUUAGUACAUGGGAAGUUAUUAAAUGCAGCAUUUAUCUUACACCCUUAUGGUUCUCUACAGAGUACUUCUCGAACUCGGCCCUGGCAAAUACGAGCGUUGCAACUGCAACCAUCUUGAAUUCCACAUCAGGCCUUUUUGCCCUUCUGUUUGGAGCUCUUUUUGGACAAGAAUCCAUUACCAUUUCCAAGGUGGUUGCUGUUUUCAUUAGUAUGGCUGGGGUUAUCAUGACAACCUUGGGAAAAACUUGGGCAACGAAUGAGUUCCUAAUCAUUUCUGAGUCGAGAGGGCAAACCAUCACAGGGGACGUUUUUGGUCUUCUUUCGGCUGCAAUCUAUGGAUUAUUUACUGUGCUGCUCAAGAAAUCAGCUGGAUCAGAAGGAGACAAGAUUGAUGUACAAAAAUUCUUUGGAUAUGUUGGUCUCUUUACCAUAUUGGGUCUCUGGUGGCUUGUGUGGCCUUUAACUGCUGUGGGCAUUGAACCUCCUCUCAAGUUUCCUCCCUCGAAAUCCAUCUCCGAAAUCUUGCUUUUGAAUGGCUUCAUCGGGAGCGUUCUGUCGGAUUACUUUUGGGCCCUCUCUGUGAUUUGGACUUCUCCAUUAGUUGCUACCUUGGGCAUGUCAUUGACAAUUCCCCUUGCUAUGCUGGCAGACGUUGUAUUACACGGUCGUCGCUACUCCGCCCUCUACAUCCUCGGUUGCAUUCAGGUAUUUGCUGGAUUUUUCAUAGUGAAUUUUUCAGACAAGUUGUCUACUUAGGGCAACCAGCUAGAUUGACUUCAGAAUCCUCUGAAGAAGAAGAAGAAGAUGGUGUACAUUGAUUUGGUACACAGACAUGAAAAAGGCUAGAGGCUACUUUGAAGGAUGAGAUGUGUUAAAUGUAACUGCCUUUUUUAACUGUACAAAUGUAAAUAUUAACUGUCUGUUUGGAUUGGAGAUAUUAUGGAUUGCAUAUAGUAUAUGCCAGGUGUAGAUAUUAAAUAUUUGAGAGUUAAAAAAAACAUUUAGAUAUAAAUAUCUGUUUGGAUAUGUAUAAUAAUAUUAUUAUAU